CGCAUAUCACGAACAAAAAAGAAGAAGCAUUAUUAUAAGCAGCAAAGCGAAAAGAAAAAAUAUUCGGUAAAAAGAUCUCUAGAGAAAAAGUGAAACUCUGAAAAAAAGGAAGAAAAAUAUAUAAUUGUGAUUUUAAUAUACAUAACGGUGAAAAUCAGUCUAAAAAUUGUCAUAAAAAUAAUAAAACGUAUUAAAUUUUAUAAAAUUAAUAAAAUAAAAGUGAAAAAACACAGCAAAAUUAAACAAAGUCAGAGAUUAAAAGCAAAAGAAAAGCAAAAAUAUAAAGCAAUUAAUUUCUUUGUGUUUCUCCACAAAAAUAGAAAAAAGGUGUGAUUUAUAAUGAGUGCUCAGCCCAGUCCCGCGUGUAUGACUCCACAAAAUGAGCAGGAAAAGGUAUUUCAGUGGAUAAAUGAAUUAGCACAUCCAGAAACGCGUGAAGCUGCUCUAUUGGAAUUGAGCAAAAAACGCGAAACCGUUACAGAUUUGGCACCAAUGCUAUGGCAUAGUUUUGGUACAAUAGCUGCCCUCCUACAAGAAAUCAUAAAUAUAUAUCCUUCAAUUAAUCCUGCCACAUUAACUGCUCAUCAAUCAAAUCGUGUUUGUAAUGCCUUAGCAUUAUUGCAAUGUGUUGCUUCGCAUCCCGAUACCCGUACGGUAUUUUUGCAAGCACAAAUUCCCUUGUUCCUAUAUCCGUUUUUGCAGACCACCUCAAAAACGCGACCAUUCGAAUAUUUAAGAUUAACGAGUUUGGGUGUGAUUGGUGCGCUCGUUAAGACUGAUGAACAAGAAGUGAUAACUUUCCUUUUAACUUCUGAAAUCAUUCCUUUAUGCCUACGCAUUAUGGAAUUUGGCUCGGAGCUGAGUAAAACUGUGGCUACAUUUAUUUUACAAAAAAUAUUACUGGAUGAAAGUGGUUUGUCAUAUGUCUGCCAGACAUAUGAACGAUUUUCACAUGUUGCUAUUAUUUUGGGUAAAAUGGUGAUACAAUUAGCUAAGGAGCCAUCUGCACGUCUACUGAAACAUGUAGUACGUUGCUAUUUAAGAUUAUCAGACAAUCCCAGAGCACGAGAGGCUUUAAGACAAUGUCUUCCGGAUCAGUUGCGUGAUGCCACAUUUUCAGUAUGUUUACAAGAUGAUAAAUCAACUAAACACUGGUUACAAUUAUUAAUUAAAAACCUAGAAUUAGGCGCUGUGCCACCCACAGAUCCCCGUCAAAUUGGUAUGUCACCUUUGACCUCAUAAAUUAAGUAAAAAAUAAAACUAAAAAAAUAACAGGUCAGACUUAAUAGAAAUACAAAAAUGAUACAUAAGAAAGCAGCUUUUUUUCUAAAAAAACAAAUAUAUAUAAACAAAAUUAAACAAAAAACAGUCCAAUGGCUUAAAGUCUGUCUGUUUUUUUUUAUAGAUAUAUUUUCGUUAUUAAAUAAAUAAUUAAAUAUAAAUAUUUUUUACUUAAAACAAAACUGAAAAAAAAACAAAAAUAAAAGAAACAACAACAAAAAAAACUAAGCUAAAUUAAACAAAACAAAAAAGAAAAAAGCAAAAAUAAUAUUUCGUAUAAGGUAAAAUAUACUUAAACUUAAAUGAAAUCUAAAUCUAACAAAAUGAAAAUCAUAUUUAAACAUAAUGUAAAUUAAACGUGAUAAAUGUGAAUAUUAUUAUUAAUAAUAAAAUAACUUGAUAAAUUAUGAAUAUAUAUUAAAAAAAAACAAAAAAAAAACAAAAAACAAAUCCAAACCAACAACAAUAAAUGUAAACUAUGUAUAUGCAUAAAUAAGUUUAACAAAUUAAAUACAUUUUAAAAUUAUAAACUAACAGAGGAGACUGUGAAACAAAAAAAAUUAUAAUAAUUAAAUACUAAAUUUAGAAACAAAAUUUAAAAAAGAAAACCCAAAAAAAACAACUUAUAUUAUUAUUAUUAAGCAAUGGUACCUUAACAUUUAUUAGCGAAAGAAUAAUACACAUAACUUAACAACAACAACUAAACAUACGCAUUAAUUAACAUUUUUUCUAAAGAAAAAUUAUAAAUACAUACGAAUAAAUUUUUAAAGUAAAUUGUAAAAGUAACUUUUUUUAGCAUUAUCAACUAUUUAAAAUUUAAAAUAACAAAAAGUAUUUGUAUUACUAAAAACAACAAGAAUUUAAAUUUUAACAAACUUUUUGUUUUAUUUUACUAAAAAGAAUUGUUUUCUAUUGUUAGUUAAAUUAAGCGUAUGAUUUUAAAUUUUAUUACAAACAAAACUGUGAAUAUGUUUUUAGCAUCAUUUAAUUAUAAAACAUAUUUUAUUUUUUUUAUAAAAAAACCAUUGUUCUUUUUUAACAUCUUAAUAAUUGUAAGUAAUCUUUAUAAAUACUAUAUAUAUAAUAAUAAAAUACAUACAUACAUAUAAAUAAAUAAAUAGUAAUUAAAACAGAUUUAUUAUCUAAUUGUAGUAAGCUUAACUUUAAACAAACAAAAAUUAAAAACAAACAAAACAAAUCUUAUAUUAGAAAUAUUAUAUAUUGUUAAUUGAAAAAAACAACAACAGAAAAAAACUAUAAAAAAACAAACUAUUUAAAGUAAAUUUUAUAAAUUUAUAUACACUACUCAAUUAUAUUACAAACAUGAUUUAAAGAUAUUGAUUUUCAUAGUUUUUGUUAAUAAUGUGAAAAGUUUUAUCAAGUUAUGAACAAGAUUUUUAUAAUUAAAGUUGUAAAACUUUAUUUUUAUCAUGUUGUUUUUCUAUCAAAAAAUAUCUUUAAACUUAUCUUAAUUUUGUUUCCUUAACAUUUUAGUUCAAAAAGAGUUCAGAUUUAUUAAAAAUUUAUUUUGUAAUUGUGUUGCUAAGUUGCAGAUAAUGAUUCCAAUUUACAGCCCUGUAUAGUAAAAUGAAAACUUUUCUAAUAGAUCUGAAAGUAAUUAUUUGUUUUAUAGUUAAUUUAAAUAUUUAAAAAUUUCUUUUGUAAAUGUGUUACUAAGUGGCAGAUAAUGAAUCUAAUUUAUAGACCUGUUCUGUAAAAUGAAAACAUCCUUAUUAGAUCUGAAAGUAAUUGAUUGUUUUAUAGUUCAUUUAAGAGAGUCAGAAAAGAAAGCUGUUGAGACAUUUUCAGAAAAUAUUGCUUUCCAUUGUCCGCCUUGUUCUGUUUGAAAUGAAAAUGACUUCUCCAAUCCUUAAUAUGUAAAGCCAAAUUUUAAAUAUUACAAUAGUUUAACAGCAAUCUUUGUAGUAUGAAAACUCCCUGGGGUUUACUCUGUAAUUCAAUUUGAAAAUGGAAAAUGUUUAACAAUCAUAAGAUGCAGAUACAUCACCCCUAUUGCGAAUCAAUAUUCCACAUGAAUAUGUUCCCUUUUCCCAUUUUUCGUUUAUCAACAUUGUUCACGAUGGAUUUUUUGUAAACAAUAAACAGCUGUUACGAACAAAAUCAACAAUUGUGAAUGAAAAGUUCAUGAGGAAUAUCACGAAGGCAUUUUCCCUUCGAGGGAAAUGGAUAUUUCAUGGGAACAUUGCCGUAUUUUUUAGCCCAGUUUUGUAAAAUGAAAAAGUCGCUUUCAGAUCUGAAAAAUAAUUGUUUUAUUUUACAUUUGAAUAUUUUAAAAGAAAAGUGGGGUUAGAUUUUUUCUAUUUAUCAGAAAAUAUGGCAAAACAUUGGUGAAACAAAUUAUUAGCCGUGUUGUGGGUGAAAUGAAAAAACUUCUCCAUUCAUAAACAUGUUUACCCAAGUUUUAAACGUUAAAUUUUUUUUAAAGCAUCAACAUGAAUAGCCCCUGGGCUUUAAUCAGCCAAUUGUUUUAAAAGUAGAAACGGGGUUGGUUUUUUAGAUUCGUUCAAAAAUGAUGGCCCCACUAAUUAUAAAACAAACUGUUCAUACUGUUCUCUAAGUCCAAAUUUAAAGUUUUUCGGUGGCCUACUGCUUUAUUCGAUUUGUAAGAGAAAAUUUUGAAUUACAAUGAAUAUUUCACACAGAUCUUCGAAUUAAUUCGGAAUUAAAAAAUGUCAGUCAAUUAUUCCAUAAAUCAAACAUCUUAUUAUUUAGCUUCAUUCAAAGGCUUUUAUUUAAAUGGAAUUCAUUUAUCGUUGAAUUAAUUCAUACAGAAUUCAUACAACAUUUGAAUGAUUCACUUUUUGUUAAUUCAAAUCUAAUAAAAAUUGAAUUAAAAUAUGUUUGCUUCAUUCAGUUAUUAAUGAAAAAAAUUAAUUGAAAAAAGAUUCACUUAAGCAAUUUUGUAAUAGAUUUGAAUUGAAGUAAGAUUUAGUCAUUCAAUACAUUCUUCAAACUAUGUUGUAAUGGAUUUGAAUUCAAGAAAAUUUUAAUGAUUCAAAAAGGAAUUAAUUCUAUAAAGAAUGAAUUCUCAAAGGAAUUAAUUCAAUAAAAAAUUUUAAAUGAAUUAGCUAAAUUUCUAAAACUAUCAGGAUUACUACUACGUAAUUAAAUUCGAAUUUAAUCCGAUGUGAUAUUCCCAGUUUCCUAAUUUUCUCUCUUAAAUAUGUUUGAUCCGAAGUAGAAAAUUUUAUUCACAACAUAAAAAAAUACAAAUUACAAGCUAUCAAUUUUUUAACAUAUUAAACUUAAAUUUCUAUAUUAAUAAGCUCUGAAUACAUUAGAAAAUUGCAGAUAAUUGGCUAACAUUUUUAUAAUUUAUAAACAUAUUUUAAAAAUUAUUACACUAAAAUCAUUUGAAAUUGAGAUUGAGUUUUUGUUACUGUAUUGAGUAGUGUUAUUAUUUUAUACAAAUAACAUUUGAUCAUCGUAAAACCUAAUAAAGUUAAAAACAAAAAAACCGAACAAGCUCCUAAAACUAUGAAUUAUUUAAAUAAACAAAUUACACAAAAAAAAAACAAACAAUUGUAACUAUUUAUAUAAAUAAUAAUUGUAAAAAAAUAUUUUUCGUUUCGUUUUUUGGAAUACAUUAAUCAUUAUUUUAUUUUUUUUAAGUUAAAGCUUAAUGCAUUGUAACAUUUUUUGCCUAUAAAUAUUUUUAUUAUUACUAUAGUUUUUUGUAUUUAUAAUUUUAAUUUUAUUUAAAGAAAACUAAAUCUUACAAAGUUCUUAUUUCUCUUUUUUUUAAUUGUUAAUAUUU